AAACUAUAAGGAAAUAACGUGUUCUGACAAUGUUAGUACAGUCGAAGUACAGUAUUGGGUCUUGGCAUCAGCAAAGGGUCUGCGUGCUACACAUUUUUAUAUACAUUGCCCGUUGUACGCACUUUACGAAUCUCUAGUCUUUAAAGUGCUUUAUCGCUGCGGAUCCAUUUUCACUUGCCUACUUGUCCCAAACAUCCAAAAGAACAAUCCGCUCGCUAGAUUAGGCACAAAUUAUGAGACCGUGCGCAAUUGGGCAUCAGAGGUUAGCACCGUCACAACUUCCAGGGUGUAGAUUAAAAUGCAGCGUACAACGACCAUGCCGGGGGGCACCGCUCGUCUGCCGGACCGCUGCACCUACCUGGGCCGAGCCAACCGCGGCGGCGAGGCCAUCGCUAGCAGAGCUAGAAGAUGAUAUGUUGGCGUCGACGUCGGGCAUAGAUUUUCAGCCGGAGCUCGAACCGUUUAAGCGAGAGGAAGAGCCAACGAGGUCGCCCCCGAGCAUUACGGACACCGGAACGUUGCGACCGUCAGCCGAAUGGUAUCCGCAGUGGAUGCAGUAUCGGCGGCGAGAAGACAACUACGUUUUCUGGCAGGAUAAAUUCAUGCGAUGCUCAACUGAUAUCCCUUGGUAUGAGAAGCGCUGGACGGUGUUCUCCACCUUCUGGUACCUGGCCAUGCGCUUCAAAUUCCACGGCAUCCCCCCCGCGUUGCGCUUCGUGUGGUUCCUGGCGUGGCGGGGGCUGAUGUUCCGGGCGUAUGCGGCGCACAAGGCGCUCGUGCUGUGGCAGUGCAAGCUGGACGCCGCGCUGGCCUCCCGCGGCAGCAGCGGCCGGCAGGUGGGCUUCAGCCGGACCAUGGCGCUGAGGCGGCUGCACUGGCGCAACAGCGCGCUGGGGGAGCUGAUGUACGCGGUGAACCUGUACAAGACGGGGCGCAUCCACCUGCUGCCGCCCGUGGCGAAACCCGUUCCCCGACCCACCUUCUUCUGGCUCUUCUGAGCUGGAGGGGGCCUGGGAAAGGCAGGGGUAAAGGGGAAGACCCGCACCGUGUGACAGAGGUAGAGGCGGAGGGGACCAGGCGGGGUGGAGAGCUCCGGGUUUGGCGGCCGGAGCGCUGGCAGAUGGUGGAAGGUGUGGCGGCUGGAGCAGUGCUGGCAGCAGUGCUGCGACUGUGGCUGCGUGGUUGGGGGCGGUUGCGGGCUAAUGCCGUGCUCUGGCGGGCACUGUUGGAGGCCAGUAAUGAGAUUAGGAAACGGACUUGACAGUUUUUGAAGGACGUCUUACUUGUUGAGCACGGUGGACUGUGCAGGGACGUUUGCAUGGCAGGAUCGAUGAUGUGGGCUGUGUGGCCCGGGCUGGUCUGCCGUACAACUGGUUAAUGGCAUGCGUUGGCUUCUUGACACUUGGAGUGGGGACACAGAGGGCCUCGAGGUGUCCUGUAGGUGCGACAGUCUCAAUGUGGUUCGGAAGGUCCUCAAGGUAUCGGGGUGUCAGCCGUUUGCUGUUGUUUGCUAUUAUAUAACCUAUACAUGCUUGCGGAAGCAGGAACGCUAGCCCCCCCUUCCUUUUAGACAGGACGCUGUUGCCAGUGGGAUGCGGACUUGGCCCACGGGUCACUUAGGAGGUUACGGCAGCCUGCGGCUGUCCUUCCUUGAGCGAGGGUGGUGCAGGUUGCUUUGUUUUACAAGCACACUCCACUGACGGGCUUGCCAAAGGGAAUGCAGCAUGCGGAACGUCGUACAUGUUGGCCAAUGCCACUUCAGAGGGUUGCACUUUAAGCGCCACGCAUUCAGCAACUUGGAUGGGUUGGCUCUGGUACGCUAUAUAACAUGAUCCAAGUA